AUGCUCCUGAAAGGCAUCAACCGUCUCGACCAGCCCGUUCGCCACAAAGCCCCAGUCUCUCUCAACCUUUUAAAAAGGCAAGCAAUUUGCUUGUUCCCGCUCAGAGCAGGAGAUGUCAUCCUGGUUGACUAUCCCGGCUCCGCAACCGCUCACGCUCGCGGAGCCACGUCUGUUCACAUUCGAUUGCGAGGCUCCAAGACAAACCAGCGGGGUGAACCAACACUCCGAAUGCUGAAUCGCUCGGGCCACGGUUUCCUCUGUCCAGGCUUCGGGGCUCUAUGUCUGUUCAAGGCAAGACACCCGCUGCCGGCUGACAUCCCGAUUGUGGUGUUUGUCAGCGCGCACAGUCAUCCAGACUGCGUGUCAUCGUCUGCGAUAUCAAAGGUGAUCCGCCAGGCGCCGGUGGAGCUUGGCGAUGAUCCGGCAGACUUUAGUCCGCACUCACUGAGAGCCGGCGGAGCGUCACACAUGUAG